CCGUAGAGUUGUCUGGAGGUUCUCAAUUAACUUUCUCCGAAGUGGUGAUUUGCCUCGACUUUUCUGUACCCAAUCUUUUUUAAAUAAUUAAAACACAUCAUUCUGCAAUUUACUGAUUGUGUUGUCAACCCAAUAGCUUGUGGUCUAAGAAACAAUGGAGAUGGAGCAGCAGUUGGAGUGGAAUGAAGCACAGAAGAUUGUAAUAAAUGUAGACCUUAUUGCUGCAGCCAAACAGCACCUUGAGUUUCUUGCUACCAUUGAUAGGAACCGUUGGCUCUAUGAAGGCCCUGGUUUGAAUAUGGCAAUUUAUAGGUACAAUUCGUGUUGGCUACCGUUGUUGGCAAAACACUCUGAGUGCCCCUUCUUUGAAGGACCUUUGGUUGUUCCCCUUGAUUGUGAAUGGGUUUGGCAUUGCCAUAGGCUCAAUCCUGUUAGAUACAAGACUGACUGCGAGCAACUAUAUGGGAGGAUUCUUGACAACCAUAACAUUGUAUCUUCUUUGAAAGGAAUAUCAAAAAUGGAAACAGAAGAGACAUGGAAAAAUUUGUAUCCGAAUGAACCGUAUGACUUGGAUUCAGCAAGAGCUCUUUCAGAUAAAAACCCUGCACAAAUUCUAGAAUCUGAAAACUGCAGUAACUAUGAUUUAGUCUCUGCUGUUAAAAGGCAAAGCCCCUUCUUCUACCAGGUGUCUAGACCCCACAUGACAAAUGAGGUCUAUCUUGAAGGAGCUGUGGCUCGAUACAAGGGUUUCUUACACUUAAUCCGGAGAAACAUAGAAAGAUCAAUUAAGAGCUUCUCUGUUCCAACUUAUGACAUUGACCUUAUAUGGCACACUCACCAGUUACAUCCUAUUUCGUAUUGUAAAGAUCUUGUUGAUAUCAUGGGUAAGGUGUUAAAUCAUGAUGAUACUGAUUCAGACAGAACAAAAGGGCAGAAGCUGGAUACUGGGUUUUCUGGAACUACAAAACUCUGGGAGGAAAUAUAUGGUUUAAGAUAUUGGAGGGCAGGUGCAAUGUAUAGAGGAAAUACACCAUCUCCUCUUAGAACUUGUGCUUACGCCUCCAAUCCCGUGAGCAAGAAGGAAGAUACCUUCCAUGCGGAUCAGAAGAUAAUUCAUCUUCCAGAGAUGAAAGUUUUGGAAGUCAUGUUGGAGAUCAUAGGCAUAAGAAACUUACCUGAAGGUCACAAGGGAGGCUUCUUUGUUUACUUUAGCAAGUCACAGCCUGAUAGAAUCUUCAAUGCAAAAAAGAAACUUACUAUUUUCUCUGAGACUGGGGAAAAGCAGGUUGCUUACUUCCAAUGUGAACCUUGUGGACAUCUUCUAUUAGAAAUCAUGUCCCAGUCAUCCCAUCAUUUGUCGAUUUCAAAAUCUGUUGAAGUUAUAGGUUCUACUGCUCUCUAUUUAAACGAUUUGACUUGCCCAGCUUCAAAACUCACAAUGGAGAAAUGGUUGGAAGUUGUGCCAACCAAUAAAGUAGAAGCAUUGGAACCAAUCUGUAUACGAGUAGCUGUAUCAGUUACAACACCUAGUGCUGCACCAUAUGUGUUUCACAUGGUUUGCGCCGGAGCAUUCUCAAAAAUUUCUUGUUUUUUCACAUUUCGUGGAAGGAUUCAGUAUGCAAAGAAUUGGACUCGUGUCAUUGAUGAUGCUGGUGAUGAGAUCGUUAGCCUACAAAUGAGGAACUCCAAGAUAUCAAAGAGAAUGAGUGAUUCUACAUUGCAAAAGGAGUUGAUCGGCAUCAACAAAGCUGGUGAGACGCAUACUCUUGCUAAGUUAGUUGGGAAAGCGUGGUUGUUAAUGGAUUCCCACUGGUCCCUCCAAUUUCAAACUUGCAGUGGCGAUGAUGGUUACCUUUUGGAGUUGGUUGGUGGUUCCAGGAUUAUAAAGUUCUUCCCUGGUCAAAAAUUGGAUUAUGAGCACAAGCAUUGUGCAAAGGGAAGAAAUCAAGAUGAUUUUAUGACGGCAAUUGAAUUCUCUUCAGAGCACCCAUAUGGAAGGGCACUGGCGUUGCUCGACUUAAAAUGUGGUGUUAUCAAUGUCAAAGAGGAGUGGUUACUUUUGCCUGGCAUCAUAACAGCUUUUAUACUAGGUGAUAUUUUGAGAAAGAAAGGGUAUAGCAGCUUGCUGAGCAUUGGCAACAAUUUGAGGGAUAAGAAUACUUCAAUUGAAGAAACUAAUGCAUGCAAUGAAUAGGGCAACAAAAGUAGUCUGAAACUCUGAUGCUGAGAAGGCAAUGAAUGUUGGAAAUGUGUGUUUAUACUUGUUAAUAUGCUUGUGUAUCUGUUUGUGCAGGUGUGUAUGAUGUAUAUAAUAAUGUAUAAAAGCUGAAUAAGUUUCUGAGUUCUCAAUUA